CCAACAGCAUUGAUGGUACAUCAAUAAGAUCGACGGUCGGCUUUGUGGGCGGUACGGAUGGGUAUCAUUAGGUUCGCCGAACCUUUUACAGAUGCACACUGCCCCGUGACGACGAUUGAACGACGGAACGUCCUUCUAUAUAGGAGGAUAUCCGCAUUCCUGGACCACUUUGUUACGUUCCUCGUUUGCGUCUCAGGCUGAGGUGGAUUUGGGUGUCGUCUCCUGCAUCAUUUUUCGAUUUGACUGAUUUCUGAUUCCAGAUCGUGAAAAUUUCCGUUCAUGUGGUGGUGGUGGUGUUGAGAAAUUUGAAUCUCUCUCGAAGAUUCACUGGUCGGUCCUCUUCUUUUCCAUGGCCGCUGCAGUUUCGGACAGGGGAGGGCGUAGCUUGGUGGGGAAUGGAGUCGUUGGGAUUCUUGCAGAGUCGAUUAAUAUAUGGGAAAGGCGAGCGCCGCUGGCUCCCUCGCACUGCGCUCGCCUUUUGCUGAGCGGGAAGGGGCAGAGCGGAGUCGAGAGGAUCAUCGUGCAACCGAGCACGAAGCGGAUUCAUCACGACUCCCAGUAUGAGGAUGUCGGGUGCGAGAUUUCGGACGAUCUUUCUGAAUGCGGCCUCAUCGUUGGUAUAAAGCAACCCAAGAUGGAGAUGAUUCUUCAAGAUAGAGCAUAUGCAUUCUUCUCGCAUACCCACAAGGCUCAGAAAGAGAACAUGCCCUUGUUGGACAAGAUUCUUGCUGAAAGGGUAUCCCUGUUCGACUAUGAGCUUAUAGUUGGAGAGGAUGGGAAAAGGCUGCUUGCAUUUGGCAAAUUUGCUGGUAGAGCUGGUCUAAUCGACUUUUUACAUGGUCUUGGACAGCGAUACUUGAAUCUUGGAUAUUCAACUCCUUUCUUGUCCCUAGGGGCAUCUUAUAUGUAUUCUUCCCUUGCUGCGGCCAAGGCUGCAGUGAUUGCUGUGGGAGAAGAAAUAGCAACAUUUGGGCUGCCAUCUGGAAUUUCUCCUAUAGUCUUUGUAUUUACUGGGGAUGGAAAUGUUUCUCAGGGUGCUCAAGAGAUAUUUAAGCUCUUACCACAUACUUUUGUUGAUGCUCAAAAGCUUCCAGAAAUUGUUGCAAUGGUCAAGGAUGGAGCCAAACACACUAGAUCAAAGAGGUUUUUUCAAGUCUAUGGUUGUGUGGUGACUUGCCAAGACAUGGUUGCACCAAAAGAUUCAACUAAGACUUUCAAUAAAGAAGACUAUUAUGCACAUCCAGAUCAUUAUUAUCCUGUUUUUCAUGAAAAAAUAGCACCAUAUACAUCUGUGAUAGUUAACUGUAUGUAUUGGGAGAGAAGAUUUCCACGGUUGCUGACUACCAUUCAGUUGAAAGAAUUAAUGAAUAAAGGAUGCCCUCUUAUUGGGAUUUCUGAUAUUACAUGUGAUAUUGGAGGUUCACUUGAAUUCGUCAACCAAUCUACAUCCAUAGAGAGGCCUUUCUUCAGGUAUGACCCCUUCACUGAUUCAUACCAUGAUAAUAUGGAGCGUGAUGGCCUUAUUUGUUUAGCUGUUGAUAUACUCCCAACAGAGUUUUCAAGAGAGGCUUCUAAUCAUUUUGGACACAUCUUAUCACAGUUCAUUGGUAGUUUGGCUUCAACUGAAAACAUUGCAGAACUUCCUUUGCACUUGCAAAAGGCCUGCAUUACCCAUAAUGGGGCAUAUACCUCUUUAUAUGAGUAUAUACCCCGAAUGAGAAAAACCACAAUAGAUCCUACAACAGGGCCUGUAGAUGAUUCAUCUGAGAAGAAGAAAUAUUGUACAUUGGUAUCUCUCAGUGGUCAUUUGUUUGAUCAAUUUUUAAUUAAUGAAGCUCUAGAUGUUAUUGAAGCUGCUGGUGGUUCAUUUCACUUACUUAAGUGUGAAGUUGGUCAAACUUCGAAGUCCAUGUCCUAUUCUGAACUUGAAGUGGGUGCUGAUGACACUGCAGUCCUUGACCAAAUAAUGGAUUCUUUGACUAAUAUUGUGAAAAAAAGCCAUGAUAAUGGAGCUUUGGAUAAAAAGCUCUCCUUAAAGAUAGGCAAAGUUAGAGAAAGUAUCUUGCAAGAUAGAUGUGAAACUGUUAGAAGGCCCUGUGUUUUAAUCCUAGGUGCAGGACGUGUUUGCCGACCGGCUGUAGAGUUUUUAGCUUCAGUAGGGAGUACAUCCAAUGGAAGUUAUCUGAAGUCAUGUCUGACUAUUGAUGGCGAGGAACUUGAAGAAUAUGAGGUCAUCGUGGCCUCUCUUUAUCUGAAGGAUGCAAAAGAGACUGUUGAAGGCAUUCCAAAUGCAAAGGCUGUCCAGCUUGAUGCAAUGGAUUAUGAGAAGCUCAAGGAGUAUGUAUCUGAGGUUCAAGUUGUACUUAGCUUAUUACCUGCUAGUUUCCAUGCUAACAUAGCAAAGGCGUGUAUAGAGCACAAAAAGCACUUGGUCACAGCCAGCUACGUUGAAACUACCAUGUCUAGCUUGGAUGAAAGGGCAAGGAGUGCUGGCAUCACUGUCCUUUGUGAAAUGGGCCUUGAUCCUGGGAUAGACCACAUGAUGGCUAUGAAGAUGAUUGAUCAAGCGCACAUACGAGGAGGGAAAAUAAAAUCAUUUACUUCCUACUGUGGUGGUCUCCCUUCUCCUGAUGCUGCCAACAACCCGUUAGCGUAUAAGUUCAGUUGGAACCCUGCUGGUGCUCUUCGAGCAGGGCGAAAUUCUGCCUCAUACAAGUUACAUGGAGAAAUUCUACACGUUGAUGGUAAUGAACUGUUUGACUCAGCUGUGAGAUUCAGGAUGCCUGAAUAUCCAGCCUUUGCAUUGGAAUGCCUCCCAAAUCGGAAUUCCUUAAUAUAUGGUGAUGCAUAUGGGAUCACAAAUGAGGCAUCAACUGUAUUUAGGGCAACCCUCAGAUAUGAAGGCUUUUCUGAAAUAAUGUCAAGUCUGGCGAGGAUUGGUUUCUUUGAAACUGAACCGCACCCCAUGCUUAAAGGAUCUGUGAAGCCAUCAUUUGCUGCCUUUCUUAAUGGGCUUCUACAUGCGAAAAAUUCUCCGGAUAACAAAUUAACUGGAUCAAUUGAAACUGAUGAAGACAUGAUAAAGUCUUUGGUCACACUUGGACAUUGCAAAGAUAAAACUACAGCAACAAAAACAGUCAAAACUAUCAAGUUCCUGGGCCUUAAUGAAUGUCAUGAAAUUCCAGUGGCAUGUUCAAGCGCAUUUCAUGUAGUCUGUUUGCGGAUGGAAGAGAAGCUAGCCUAUACCAGCAAAGAGAAGGAUAUGGUGGUGUUACAUCAUGAAAUUGAAGUAGAGUUUCCUGACGGAAGACCUACAGAGAAUCACUGGGCAACCCUACUAGAAUAUGGGAGAAUAGAAGAUGGGAAAUCUACUACUGCAAUGGCUCUCACUGUUGGAAUCCCUGCAGCAAUUGGAGUAUUGCUCUUACUUCUGAACAAGGUGAAGAGGCGAGGGGUGGUCAGACCUUUAGAACCCGAAGUGUAUGUGCCAGCGUUGGACAUAUUGCAAGCUUCUGGGAUAAAGUUGAUGGAGAAAUUUGAGACCUCAUAACCCCAAAUCAAACAACAUUUGCCACUAGUGGUGUUUAUUUCUUCUUUUGUUUUGUAUAAUUUUGAAUAAUGUAACUGGAAUGUCAUGUCUAGUUCUUGCAUAAAUCUUUUUAUCAUUCAAUUACCAAUAAACAAAAUGUACAAGAAACUCGUGUCUAUGAUCUUGAUAAUAAUAUUUGCAGAUGAUCGCUUCAUGCCUUUUCCUUU